GCCGAGCUGCAGCCGGGGCUCAGUCGCCGCCGCUGCCGUGAACAUGGAGCCCCCGGACGCACCGGCCCAGGCGCGCGGGGCCCCACGGCUGCUGUUGCUCGCAGUCAUGCUGGCGGCGCACCCAGAUGCCCAGGCGGAGGUGCGCUUGUCUGUGCCCCCACUGGUGGAGGUGAUGCGAGGAAAGUCUGUCAUUCUGGACUGCACCCCUACGGGAACCCACGACCAUUAUAUGCUGGAAUGGUUCCUUACCGACCGCUCGGGAGCUCGCCCCCGCCUAGCCUCCGCCGAGAUGCAGGGCUCUGAGCUCCAGGUCACAAUGCACGACACCCGGGGCCGCAGUCCCCCAUACCAGCUGGACUCCCAGGGGCGCCUGGUGCUGGCUGAGGCCCAGGUGGGCGACGAGCGAGACUACGUGUGCGUGGUGAAGGCAGGGGCGGCAGGCACUGCCGAGGCCACCGCGCGGCUCAACGUGUUUGCAAAGCCAGAGGCCACUGAGGUCUCCCCCAACAAAGGGACACUGUCUGUGAUGGAGGACUCUGCCCAGGAGAUCGCCACCUGCAACAGCCGGAACGGGAACCCGGCCCCCAAGAUCACGUGGUAUCGCAACGGGCAGCGCCUGGAGGUGCCCGUAGAGAUGAACUCAGAGGGCUACAUGACCAGUCGCACUGUCCGGGAGGCCUCGGGCCUGCUGUCCCUCACCAGCACCCUCUACCUGCGGCUCCGCAAGGAUGACCGAGAUGCCAGCUUCCACUGCGCCGCCCACUACAGCCUGCCCGAGGGCCGCCACGGCCGUCUGGACAGCCACACCUUCCACCUCACCCUGCACUAUCCCACGGAGCACGUGCAGUUCUGGGUGGGCAGCCCGUCCACCCCAGCAGGCUGGGUACGCGAGGGUGACACUGUUCAGCUGCUCUGCCGGGGGGACGGCAGCCCCAGCCCGGAGUAUACGCUUUUCCGCCUUCAGGACGAGCAGGAGGAAGUGCUGAAUGUGAAUCUCGAGGGGAACUUGACCCUAGAGGGAGUGACCCGGGGCCAGAGCGGGACCUACGGCUGCAGAGUGGAGGAUUACGACGCGGCAGAUGACGUGCAGCUCUCCAAGACGCUGGAGCUGCGCGUGGCCUAUCUGGACCCCCUGGAGCUCAGCGAGGGGAAGGUGCUUUCCUUACCUUUAAACAGCAGUGCAGUCGUGAACUGCUCCGUGCACGGCCUGCCCACCCCUGCCCUACGCUGGACCAAGGACUCCACUCCCCUGGGCAAUGGCCCCAUGCUGUCGCUCAGUUCUAUCACCUUUGAUUCCAAUGGCACCUACAUAUGUGAGGCCUCCCUGCCCACAGUCCCGGUCCUCAGCCGCACCCAGAACUUCACGCUGCUGGUCCAAGGCUCGCCAGAGCUAAGGACAGCGGAAAUAGAACCCAAGGCAGAUGGCAGCUGGAGGGAAGGAGACGAAGUCACACUCAUCUGCUCCGCCCGCGGCCAGCCAGAGCCCAAACUCAGCUGGAGCCAAUCGGGGGGCAGCCCCGCAGAGCCAGUCCCCGGACAGCAGGGUUGGGUGAGCAGUUCUCUGACCCUGAAAGUGACCAGCGCCCUGAGCCGCGAUGGCAUCUCCUGUGAAGCCUCCAACCCCCACGGGAACAAGCGCCAUGUCUUCCACUUCGGCACCGUGAGCCCCCAGACCUCCCAGGCUGGAGUGGCCGUCAUGGCCGUGGCCAUCAGCGUGGGCCUCUUGCUCCUUGUCGUUGCUAUCUUCUACUGCAUGAGACGCAAAGGGGGCCCCUGCUGCCGCCGGCGGCGGGAGAAGGGGGCUCCGCCUCCAGGGGAGCCAGAGCUGAGCCACUCAGGGUCGGAGCAGCCAGAGCAGACCGGCCUUCUCAUGGGAGGUGCCUCCGGAGGAGCCAGGGGUGGCAGCGGGGGCUUCAGAGACGAGUGCUGAGCCAAGAACCUCCUAGAGGCUGUCCCUGGACCUGGAGCUGCAGGCAUCAGAGAACCAGCCCUGCUCAGGCCGCGCCCGCCCCCGCCUUCCCUCUUCCCUCUCCCUGCCCAGCUCUCCCUUCCUUCCUCUGCCGGCAAGGCAGGGACCCACAGCGGCUGCCUGCCUCCGGGAGGGAAGGAGAGGGAGGGUGGUUGGGUGGGUGGGAGGGGGCCUUCCUCCAGGGAAUGUGACUCUCCCAGGCCCCAGAAUAGCUCCUGGACCCAAGCCCAGGGCCUGGCCUGGGACAAGGCUCCGAGGGUCGGCUGGCCGGAGCUAUUUUUACCUCCCGCCUCCCUUGCUGGUCCCCCCACCUGACGUCUUGCUGCAGAGUCUGACACUGGAUUCCCGCCCCCCACCUCGCCCCUGGUCCCGCCCCUGCCCCCGCCCUACCUCUGCCCCACUCCAUCAUCUGUGGACACUGGAGUCUGGAAUAAAUGCUGUUUGUCACAUCGA